AUGACGCGCUCGUGGCUGCUGUCGCUCGUACCAGCGCUGUGGUCCGUUCGUUCCGUCGUGUCCACGAAAGCAGUCGACGACCCGUCUUCGCGCUUCCGCCGGUUCGCAGACGCGCGCUACGUCCGUCAGGAUCGCGCUGACCCCGAGCGCGUUGUCCCACUGAUCAUUGGCGUCUUCCCCGGGGACUUUGACGCGCUCGAACGAGCGCUCUACGGCGUCUCCGAUCCAACACAUCCACAGUACGGCCAGUACCUCACCCAAGAGCAGGCAGACCUUCUCUCGCGUCCAACCGAUGGGGCUCUCGAUGCAGUGCGCGACUGGGUAUCAGCUUUUUCGCACGGGGAGAACGGAGGCACGUUUCUGCCCACGUCGAACCUGUACAAGGUCCCGAUGAAGGUAAAGCACGUGGAACGGCUACUGAGCACAGAGCUUUACCACUACGAAGCGAAGAGGUCCGAGACGCCAUUGCCGUUGAGGCAACGGCGAUUGAUGCGAGCAACGAGUGCGGUGUCUGUACCAGCACAUCUGGAGGGCGUUGUGUCGUUUUUGAGCGUCAAUACGCACCCACUGGGCUUGCGAGCGCUUGCAGCAGCUUCGUCUCAUGUCGAUGAGGCGGACGGUCGUGAAGAAAGCACGUUGGAAAUGGUUCGGCGCACGUAUGGCAUUCCGGAUGACCUCGUGGCAACGAACCCAAACAAUACGCAGUGCGUGCCGUCGUUUUACAACGAGUCGUACGAUUUGGCGGACUUGGGUAUCUUUUUCAAUCAGUACUUGCCCGGAGAAGACGUUCCUCGUAUCAUUGAGAAAGGAAACCGUGCGAACCAGCCUAAACGAGCAAGCUCGGAGACAUCGCUGGACGUGCAAUACAUCACAGGCGUCUGCCGUAACGCCACGACGUAUGUGUGGAGCAUGGAAGGCAGUAACCCGUACUCGUCGGAAGACGAACCGUUCGUCGAGUUUGCUCAAGAAGUGCUGGCGCUCGACAACCCGCCUCUCGUUAUCCCGAUCAGUUAUUCCGAUGACGAAGAGCACAUCUUUGACGUCUCGCCAGGUUACGCGCGCACGUUGGACAUUCUUCUGAUCAAGAUGGGUUUGCGUGGGAUUACGGUGCUUAUCGCCAGUGGCGACGACGGAGUGACGGGGCUGCGCCCUGAAUUCGAGAAGAUACCAAUCGAAGACAUGUGCGGGCAAAGUGGGCCACAAUGGCCGUCGUCGAGCCCGUACGUCACUACCGUCGGUGCCACAAUGCUCUUGACGGGGGCAAAUGAAGCGCUCACGCCGUUUUAUCGUACAAAGGAGGAAGUGAUUUGCAGUGCCGAGAACCGCGGCAUCAUCACAUCCGGUGGCGGGUUCUCUAGCAUCUAUCCAAUGCCAGACUACCAGCGCACAGCGGUCGAAAGGUACUUGACGACUCGAGACAUUCCAGCUUCGCCAGGGUUCUUCAACGCUAGUGGACGGGCCUAUCCAGAUGUGUCAGCAUUGGGCGCAGGAUUCCAUGUGUACAUGAAGGGCCACCUCACGUCGGUAUCUGGAACGUCAGCAUCAACACCUGUCAUUGGCGCGAUGGUCACGCUAUGGAACGACGCGCGGCUGAAUGCUGGUAAAAGCCCGCUAGGAUUCAUCAAUCCUCUUCUCUACUACCUCGCCGAACACCGUGUCGAUGCAUUUCACGACGUGGUGGUAGGAAACAACGGAGCUGCACGUGGACAAACUGAUCCGUGCGACGACUCAUUUAGCGCUGCUGCUGGAUGGGAUGCAGUUUCGGGAAUUGGUACGCCCAAUUUCUCCGUCAUCUUGGAGUUCAUUGCGCAACUCGAAGACCACUUCAACAUCUCACAACUAAGCAGCUCGAAUGAUACCGCUGGACCUGAUGCGAGCAACAACUCGAUGGCCCCGACGACAGACGUGGGUGGCAGGAGUACGUUCAUGACGGUGCUGCUGGUUGCAGUUGUGGUCGCAAACGUGGCCAUCAGCAUCGCCGUCGUCUUUGCCCUGGCAAAACGGUGGAGGAACCAGUACACCCCUCUCGCCGGCGUUGCCGUGUCGAACAACACCCCCACCGUUUCUGCGUCAACCACUUCCUCCGCAGAGACUGGCAGCACACAAAGGAGUUUGGAAGCUGAUGGUAGUGACGACGACGUCGAGCUGAGUGAGAUCAAUCUGAAUUCGUGA